UGGGUCAUCAGGCAUUGGAUCGUCUGGCUCAACAGCGGGCAUCGGGUCACCAGGCAUGACAGCGGGCACUGGGUCAUCAGGCAUUGGAUUGUAUGGCUCGACAGCGGGCAUCGGGUCACCAGAUAUGACAGUGGGCACUGGGUAACCAGGCAUUGGAUCGUCUGGCUCGACAGCGGGCAUCGGGUCAUCAGGCAUGACAGCAGGCACUGGUCAUCAGGUACCGGAUCGUCUGGAUCGACAGCGAGCACCGGGUCAUCUGGCGCUGGAUCGUCUGGCUUGACAGUGGGCAUCGGGUCACCAGGCAUGACAGCGGGCACUGGGUCAUCAGGCAUUGGAUUGUCUGGCUCGACCACGGGCAUCGGGUCACCAGGCACCGGGUCAUCAGGUACCGGAUCGUCUGGCUCGACAGCGGGCAUCGGGUCACCAGGUAUGACAGCGGGCACCGGGUCAUCAGGCAUGACAGCGGGCACUGGGUCAUCAGGCAUUGGAUCGUCCAGCUCGACAGCGGGCAUCAGGUCACCAGGCUGGAUCAGUUCAUCAGGCUGGACAUCAGGCUGGGUAGAGACAUCAGGCUGAAGUGCGGGUGCCGAGGCACCAGGC